UGAUCAACCUUUUUUUGGCUCACUGUGUGAAUCUGGGCCGGCGAUAUUCUACUUGUUUUAUAUAGGAUCUAGUACGCAAUUCAACCCCCAAAUGUAGGUUCUGGUACCGCGUACUAGACAACUCGGCCACAACUAAGCACUGAUACUAGACGCACUUGAUUUCGCAUGCCCAACUAGGAGAGGUUGGCUACAAUAUGUAACUUUUUGGGCGACCACAUCAAAUUCACAUAGAAAUGUGAGUUAUAUAUCUGUCAUUCUCGUUGAAGGCAAGUCUAAGAAGCGGUAGCCUAUAUUCUAUGUGCACUAUUUCUAUGCGUCUUGUUCUUAUAUGUAGUUUUAGCGUCUUUUACUAUCGGUUUGGUACACCAACUUCGAACAGCUGAAAAUGCAUUGUUUUUGGUUGUUGAAAAUAUAUAUCACAGCGGUUUAACUUUUGGAAUUCACAUGCCGACCAAUUGCAACUAUUUUCUAGCACUUGCAGCAGGUGGACGGACAGUCAUCGUGCACGUUCAUAGUUGCAUUUCGUUUUUUCUCGUGGGCUUACUGUGUUCCUGUGUAUUUCUGAGUUAAGGAACCUGAACCAGAAACACCGGACCGGAGAAUGACUUUAAAAACCAUUCGCAAUGGAAUCCAUAACAUUGACAAAUACAUCAAUAAGAUCUAUAACAUUAAAAAAGAACUCAACGUGGCUCUGGACUUGGAGGACAUGAUAGAAUGUGUCACUACGAAUGCAUUGAUGGUUACAAACUAGAAGCCCAGCCUGGUUACAAACCAUCCCCUCCCAAUGGAUGUGGGUCACCCCUGUUAGGAUUCCAGUUUGACAUCGGCAUCCCGUCCUUGACCAAGUGCUGUAACCAGCACGACCGUUGCUAUGACACCUGUAACCGUGAUAAACACGACUGUGACAAUGAGUUCCAGGAAUGCCUGGAGACCAUCUGUAGGAGAUUACAGAAGAUGUUGGGACUGGCCCAGAGUGUCCAAGUUGACAUCGACAACCCGACCUUGACCAAGUUCUGUGACCAGCACAACUGUUGCUAUGCCAUUUGUAACAGUGAUAAAGACGACUGUGACGAUGAGUUCCAGGAAUGCCUGGAGAGAGAUUUCUGUAGGAGAUUACAGAAGAUGUUGGGACUUGCCUAGAGUUUCCAAGGUAAAAUGGCACCUGGAUUGUGUUCAUUAGGGCAUGCAACAGAAAACGUUUUACAACGGAAUACGAAAAGGAGUGUUUCUUAUUGGAGAACUCCAGGUAGUUUGUCUGUUUUCUUCCGUGUGGUGCCUAAUGAACACAACCCUGAUUAAUGUAUUGACAUGCUCCCAGUGUCAAGCAUUCCUCAUAGUUAAUUCAAUAAUGUGUCCACAAUCUUGUAGCCUAGUUAAAUCAUACUGAAUGCAGCGCUCACCAUUGUCAAUUGUUUCACUUCACUGGUGAGUUCAGCAUUCAGUCUGGUUUAACCAGGCUAACAAUCUUGCUGGUGGGGAAGAUCAUACAACUCAUCCAUAUUACUAUGUGUAUUACCUCUUCUAUUACUUGUCAUUUUUUUAUUUGUCUCUUAUUAUUGAUAUUGAGUGUAACCAAUGUGAAAUGGCUAGCUAGUUAGCGGGGUGCGCGCUAAUAGCGUUUCAAUAGGAGACAUCACUCGCUCUGAAACCUUGAAGUAGUUGUUCCCCUUGCUCUGCAAGGGCCAUGGCUUUUAUGGAGCGAUGGGUAACGAUGCUUUGAGGGUGGCUGUUGUUGAUGUGUGCAGAGGGUCCCUGGUUCGAGCCCAGGAAGGGGAGAGGGACGGAAGCUAUACUGUUACACCAGCACACAAGCAUUUCACUGCACCUUUUAUACCUGCUGCAAACUGUAUACAUGACAAAUAACCUUUGAUUGUUAUUCAUUUUCUGUGUGUCUGUAUAGCAUGAUCUGCUUGUGUUUUUAGAGUGUGACAAUACUGCAACCCUGCUGUUUAAUGCUGUCAUGUGCAUGAGGUGUAAACCCUACAUUGACAGCCAGAAAGACUCCUGCAGUGCACACAUAGCUGACAUUUGACGUUUGUUGAGCUUGCCUCAUUCACAGGCAUACGCAAACAUGUAUUUUGUUUUUACAGUAUCCCUCUGCAUAAUGUCACACCCUGAAACAUGUUUUAUAUUAUACUGAACAAAAAUAUAAGUCGAUACCAUAAGUCACCUCCAACGUCGUUUUAGAGAAUUUGGCAUUAUGUCCAACCAGCCUCACAACCGCAGACCCCAUGUAACCACACCAGCCCAGGACCUCCACAUCCGGCUUCUUCACCUGCGGGAUCGUCUGAGACCUGCCACCCGGACA